AAUGGAUUUACAACAUUCUAAAUCUUAUGCAGCAUUGAACUAGUAGAAUUGCUAACUAUUUAAACCGAAGCCUCUCUCAAUUAGAUAAUAGAUGGGUAAUUUAUUAGAAGAAUAAAGCAGCUUAGUUACCUACACAGACUCCAAGAGUAUAGAUAUAGGCUCUUACUACUCCAACAACAAUUGAAUGUGAUUCAAAGUAUGAUUUCAAAUUUAUUUAGCCCAUAUCUAAAUUAGUAACUUUGUUCAUUUAAGUCAUAUAGAAUCUCCACUGAAAUAAUAAAUGGUUCUCCUCUAGAUCAAAUAUAAUUGAUAUUAAGAGAAAACGAGAAGCUAAAACGAUCAUUAAACUAAAAAUAGCAAAUUAUUGAAUCAUUAAGUCGAACUCGCAAAGUUAAACCAAGAUUGGACUUUUGUGACUUAAAAAAGAACUCUAGAUCUCUUCUUUAACCAUCAAGUUAAUAGGAAUCUAUCAAACCUAAGAAUAUUGAAGUAAAAUAGUCUAUCUCUUAAAAUUAUAAUAAACGCACUAAAUUACCAAAAAUAGAGGAUUCCAUACCCACAAAUGAAGAUGACUGUAAUUUCACAUUUGCCAAUAAUUUUUUUAACAAUAAUACUUGCAAAAAUUAAAAGAUCAACUUCAAAUAAGUGUUUACAUAAUCUCAUUUGAAGAAAAAAUUUUUCACUUGA